AUGCCCGCAACCAAGUGCUUGCUGCUGUUGCUCCUAGCAGUGGUGGCUCUUUCCACCACCACCGCCAACUCUCUUCCCACCGAUGACCACCGCAAGCCUCUCCCUAUGCCCCACAAACCACCGCCGGAGCACGGCCUGCUACCUCCCCACGGCCCCAAGCCUCCUCCGUUGGACAACCCGCACCCAACCUUCGAUAAACCCCCAAAGCUGGGAAAGAAGCCGCCAACUCCACUUGACAAACAGCCCAAGCCACACAAACCGGCGGUCGGCCCCAAACCACCGACUGGGCCGGUAGAUAAACCGCCGCCUAAAUGGGUGAAACCAUGCCCGGCUCACCCGGCACCUAAGAAACCGCAGCCGUGCUGGCCACCGCACCGCCCUCCAUCUACCACCCAUUAG